CGCCUCUGCUCUGUCAACCGCGAAAAUAUCAAAGAAGGAGUUAGUUUAUGAAACAACACAGUAAGGUGUUGUUAACUUCGUAUUUGAGCUUGUCUUUUCACCUAGAAUACUGUGAUUUAUUUCUUCCUUUAGAUACAAUACGUUUACUUUCACAGAGUGGAAGUAAGCUACUUAGCAUUGACUGUGUUUGGCGUGUCUGGCCCACACCUGGAUAACAUGUUGUGUUUUCUUUUGAUUUAGUUAUCUUAAUUCAGUCAUUCAGGGUUUAUUUACCCCAUUCUGAAGCUAUGAACAGAAAAAGAUCGCUCAUUUCAGACACGUUUCGUGUAAAGAAAGGGAAAUUUGGAGCUGACAGUGACAUCGGAAAUCAUGAAGAUGAAGCAGAGGGACCGUGUGACGUCAAAGCCACCUUACAGUACUUGAUGACGCUUUUCCCAAGGAAGUUGUUUGACGACAGCCUUCCACCAAUUGUCUACAAACACCAGCUCUACAGUUUACUCAGCGACAGAACGCUGGUGGACAAGCAGCUGAAUGAGUUGAGGGACAAAGGAGAACUGCUCAUGUUCCAGCUGGGCUUCGACACGGACACAUUCGCCUUGGUGUUUACUGAAGACUACAGAGCCAAAGUUCUGGCAGAACAGAUGGGAAAAGACACUCGCGUAACCGUCGAGAAGUUUCUAGAUAAAGUGCUGCCUAGUUGCUCAGGACUGAGUUUCAGCAAAUGUCAAAUGCUCCAGGAGUUUCUUUUCACAGAUUCAGAGAUAACGCAGCUUAUGAAGUCUGGAGUGUUGACAGUGAGAGAUGCAGGAAGCUGGUGGCUUUCAAUUCCAAACUCUGGUCGAUUCACCAAAUAUUUCAUUCAGGGACGCAAAGCUGUACUCGGCAUGGUCAAGAAAUCAAAAUACAAUGAAAUCCUAAAGGCCGAUUUGGAAGGACGUCGUACCAAAUCGCAAGUCAGAUUCGAUAUAAAGUACCACAUUCAUGACAUCAUCGGUGCAGAACUGGUAGAAUGCAUACAGACCACAUCAGGGACUUUAUUACGAUUUGUGGACACUUGAGCUUCAACUCAGAAAAAGUGAAUGGACCGAGACACUUGUGAUGUUCCUUUUCAGGCAUCACACAGGAAAAAGACAUUUUGUUAUUUAAGGGUGUCCUAGUAAGAAGUGUAUACAAUAGGACUGGCGAUAUGACAAUAUCACAAUACUUGGACAUUUCUAUGAUGCAUAUCACGAUAUAUAAUCUAGCUAACACACUCUGCAAAACAGAAGUAAAAUAAGCAUAAAAAACAUUCAACAGAGUUGCUUUAAUGCUUAAAGAUAUAAAAUUAGGUUUCCAUUCAGUACCAUUUAAUUUGUAAUUAUUCAAAAGUUUUUAAAAAACACAUCACCAUACCAAUGAUAAAUAUUAUAUUGAUAUAUCGCCCAGCCCUAAUACACAGCAGACAUAACUACAUCCAAACAAGUCUGCCUUUAACGUUGGAAGCCUGCAAAUUUGUGUUAUGGCCCACCUCAGGAACAUUUAAUUUGCUUCCAGUGAGAAGCAUCAUUGUGUGUUGCCUUAAAUUCAAUGACGUUUUUGUUGUUAAAGUUUUUUUUUUUUGUAUUAUUUUUUGACCUGUUAAAAUAAGUGACAGUAUCUUCUCUGUAAUCAAAUGAAUUUUUUUAAUAAAUGUUGCAGUGGGCCAUA